AUGGCAGAUCAGCAUGAGAUGGACGCAACUUUUCCUGCUGUUGGAACAUACCCGCGGAAAAUACUAAACUAUAUGGAAGGUUUCUUGGUCUCCAAGACUCUGUUCACAGCAUGUGAGCUCGGCGUGUUCGACGUGCUAUUGGGUGCAGGGCGCCCUCUGUCUGCAGAGGAAAUCAGCCAGGCCGUAGGUGCCAACUUGGAUGGCAUCGAAAGGCUGUUGGCAGCUUGUAGUGGCCUUCAGCUACUUCAGACGCACAAGCAAAAUGGACAAGUGUCUUACAGUAAUACAGAGCAGGCCAGACUGUACCUGACCCGCUCUGGUCCUGCAACUCUCUACCACUCCAUUCAAUACAGUUCCAGAACCAUUUACCUCUGCUGGCACUACUUGACUGAUGCUGUCAGGGAAGGAAGAAGUCAAUAUGAGAAAGCCUUCGGUGUAAGCUCCAAAGAUUUGUUUCAGGCUCUUUACAGGUCUGACGAGGAGAUGGUGAAGUUCAUGCAGCUGAUGAACUCCAUAUGGAACGUCUGCGGUCGAGAUGUGCUCACAGCCUUUGACCUUUCGCCUUUCAAGGUCAUCUGUGACCUCGGAGGCUGCAGCGGAGCAUUAGCAAAACAGUGCACGUCAGCCUACCCGGAGUGCACAGUGAGGAUCUUUGACCUCCCCAAGGUGGUGCAGACAUCCAGAGAACAUUUUGUCAAGGAAGCUGACCAAAGGAUAAGCUUCAUUGGAGGAGAUUUUUUCAAAGACCCCCUACUCGAGGCGGACCUCUACAUCCUUGCAAGGAUCCUUCAUGAUUGGACGGACCAACGUUGUGUAGAACUGCUCAGUCGAGUUCACAGCGCCUGCAAACCAGGAGGCGCUGUCUUGGUGGUGGAGGCGUUACUCUAUGAGGACGGCUCCGGCCCACUCACCGCACAACUCUACUCGCUGAACAUGCUGGUGCAGACGGAGGGUCGAGAAAGAACGGGGGCAGAGUACAGCGCCCUGCUAGCUGCCGCCGGGUUCACUGACAUCGAGUACCGUCUUACUGGCAAAAUAUACGAUGCGGUUUUGGGCUUUAAAAAAGCAUGA